AUGCGAAGAAUGGUGUUCUUUGCCAGUUCAAACUGGAUACCAUUUACAGUUGUCGUAAUUGUUCUCCUGAGUGCGUUUCUGGUGGAUUAUGCUGAUGCUGCGGCAAUGCUCCAGCAGGUCGAACUAGGUUCUACGGUGAACGUUGAAUUCGGUCCUAACGCUAAAGAAGUGCUGAUUGGAAGCGGAGAUUUCGACAGUCGAAAACCAAUUGUUAAGGAUGGUCAACUGACCGAUUUUGGUGUAAGAUUAAUUAAUUUACAUUUGCAGAAAAAGAAAUUCGACGACCGAGCAACGUUCAGCGAUGGAACGUUAACCAUCAGCAACUUGCAAAAAUCAGACCUAAUUGAUUAUUUCUUCCGCAUUGACGAUAAACCCAAUGUUUGCACCGUUCUAAUCGACCUUUUUGUCGCGAUUUUUCCGUUGAUAAAUUUCAUUCUGAUGUUAAAUACAAUAUUUGAUUGCACAAGAAAACGACAACAGCCACAACAAAUUCAGCAGUUAAAUCCGACUCCAUUUAGAGGACAUCAUAAAAAGAAGAAGCUGGUGGUUGAACCAUCAAUACGAAUUAGUUUACAAGGACCAGUGGAUGGGCAUGAUUCAAUUGCGAGUGCUCGCCUCGAUAUGGCUCCAUUCGAAUCGGCUGCAGACAUAUUACCCGCAUCUCGGAGUGGACGAGAUGCAGCAAAAACUCUCAUUAAAAAUGCUACAAAGCAAAGCGAGCGAGCAAAGUCAAAUGUGUUGGAGCCUUCCGAGAAAGACGUUCAAAAAAUCGAUGCACAAUUGCCACAACAAUCAUCUGUUACACCUGUAUGA